GUCCCCGCCUCCCGUCGCCAUCGGGAAGCACACGCUCCGGCGGAGUCCACCUAACAUCCUCCGUUUCGCCGCCGCCGCGGCCACCGGGGAUGGACGCCGUGGGGGCCGCGGCGAUGUUCCGGGCCCUCAAUGCCGAGCUCGCCACCAAGUCCUCUCGCGUCGCUGAACUGGAGGCUAGGGUCUCGCUCCUCAAAGCCGAGAACGUGCGAUUGAGGGAGGCCUUGGCGAGAGGAGAAGCAGCGGGCCGUGCAGCCGAGGGGGAUCCAAAAUUUGGCCGAUUUGCGACAGUUCGACGCGGAAGCGAGCACGUCGCGGCCGAGAAGCCGGUCAAGAGUGUGGCCUGCGAUGUUAUUGAGGUCAGUGACGACGAAGAGGGGGCUGCUGUCGAUGCCAACAGUGGGAGAAGCCCGGGGGAGGGCGUCGUCGCCGUCCCGACUCCUCGGAAGCGCGCGGUGCGGUCGGUGACCGGGGAGAGCGAGGAUGAAGGCGACGCGGAGGGAGGCGGUGGAAGCGGCAAGGAAACCAGUGUGGGUCUGGAGGAUGAUGAUGUUUUGGUCGUGCCGCGGGGUAAGAAGCGGGCGGCGGCCCGGGUGGUCACCAGCGAUAGCGACGAUGAUGAUGUGACUGACGGUGGGCUUGGGAGUGGCAAGGAUGAUGGUGGUGAUCAGGGGGAAGGUGUUAAGGCCAGCAAGAAGCGGGAGUUCUGUGGAAUCUGUGACAGUGAGGAUGAGGAUGCCAUUGAGGGUGUUCAUGUGGUUACUUCGAAGGCUGCUUCGCCAACUCAGAUUCAGAGUGGGGAGGAUGAGGAUGAUAUGGUUCCCAUUUGUCAAGUGCUGAAGAAGAUGAGGAAAGAGAGGGCGAGCAAUGACGGUGACAAUGAAGAAUUAGGUGAAGCAAAAGGGUGUUCUACUCCCCCAACAAGACGCUCGGCUCGGUUGGUUAAAAAUCAGUCAAAAAGGGGACGAGCUGCACGCCGGGUUCUCAACUUUGUUGAGCCCAAGGAAUAUGAAGGAAGUGAAGAUGAUAUGGAAGAGGACGAUGAUAUGGAAGAGUUCAUAAAUGAUGAGGAUUCUUCAGAAAACACAAAUGAUUCUGCUGAAGAAUCAUGCGACGAACCAGAUGCUUCUGGUGCAUCUGUUCUGAAUGAAGGAUCCUCUCAAGGACCAGAAGAGUCUAACAGUGAGGUAGACUAUGCAGAUGUCAUGGCUCGCAUAGGCCGUAAAAACAAAGCUGAAGACUGGAAAUUUGAGGGAGAUAUGCUAGCAGCGUUUAGUGAACACUCUGAGCUUUGCCUCAAGGCUGUUUGUGCCCUCUAUCGGAAGCAAACUGAGGAGGAACAGAAGCAUAAGGCCACUUUUGUUCAUAACAAGCAGGGGUUUAACCAGAUACAUGCCCUAAGGGGAUCUCGCAUAGCAGAAUUUCUUCUGGAUGGUGAUCUGUACGGUCCACUGAAAAAGACCAUCUCAGAUUUAGAAGAGUAUGAUCGUAAUGCUCUUGGGUUCUGUCGCAAGGUGGCUUCACAUUACUCAAAACAACUUUUUGCAAUUUAUCAGAACAAGGAGGAUCCUUACUUUCAUCCAUAGCUCUGUUAACACAUAACACCUUAGGUUGACCUUUUGCCCCUCGUAGUGUUUUGGCCAACUGUCUGCCUUACUCUUUUCACUCUUUUGUACAUAUAUGUGUUUAGUUGUUGGAUCUUCUGUUCAAGUUAGGACCUGUUAACUUCAGAGAAAACAGUGGCCCUGAUGUGUCACUAGGAUGCUUGUGUAGGAAAACGAGUGUCAUAUUGUGUUUAUGUUGUGGUCUUGUGUGUGCUUAAAUGUCUGUGCUUUCCUGAUUAAUAUACAACCCUUAAUAUAA